CUCCCAAGUUUAUUGGACUCCUCUCUGUCUACAGGGAGCCUUUCUCCCCCUUUGUCUGAGUAUCCACAAGUUUAGGGAAAGUUUAAAGGUCCAUGCCUGCUCUGGAUGAAACUUAUUCCAUAGAUGUAGUAGUUUUACACAAGGAAAAAAAAAGUUUCAUAACAAUUUGUAAAAAAAAAAAGGCUCAAGAGUGCAUCUGAAACCUCAGUACGGAUUUAUUACAUUUUUUUUUUCUUCAAAGAUUAAGAAAAGAAAAGCUUUUACUUACAAUGGGAAUUGUGAAAGGAAUGAAUGGGAGGUUAUAUUUUUUAUGAUUUUGGAACCACUUCCUGAAGAAUAAAGAAGACUGAAAAGGAUGCAGUGAAAAUGCAUACUUGUUUUUUUGGAACAUUAGAAUAUAUCUAAAAUACUUUGUUAACUCUAUGUUUGCCACCUCUUAAAUAUACCAUCUGUUUUUUUUUUUGUCAUCAAGACAGGUUACUGCUUUAAGACUCACAUACUCAUGGCAAGUUUCCAAAACAAUCUUCCAAGUCACUGUCAGCCCAAAAAGAUGAUUGGUGUUUGACUUCUGUGAAGAAUGAAAGAGGCUGGCCAAUACAUAAUUUUAUGACAGUACUUUGAAACAACAGCAUCUCUUGGACAAACUAUAUGGGGAUCUUAAAAUUCAUUUUUUACUAGACAGUUUAGUUUGAGUUAUGCCAGGGCACUAAUUACAUAUUUGCAUAUCAAAUAAUUCAGUGCACCUUGGGCAUGGCUGUACACACACUGACUGGAUUUUCUCUAGUGAGUUUACUAAGUUUUGGCUAUAUGUCUUGGGACUGGGUGAAGCCAACUGUACUUGGGGACAGUCCUGGGGAGGUACCAUCAAAACUACAGGCAUCUCCUUCUUCUCGACCCCCUCAUAUAAUUUUCAUCCUUACUGAUGACCAAGGAUUCCAUGACGUUGGAUACCAUGGUUCAGACAUUCAAACUCCUACUCUUGACCGGUUGGCAGCAGAAGGGGUCAAGCUAGAAAACUAUUAUAUCCAACCCAUCUGCACACCUUCACGUAGUCAGCUAAUUACUGGCAGGUAUCAGAUUCACACAGGACUGCAACAUUCCAUCAUACGCCCUCGACAACCAAACUGCUUACCACUCCAGCAAGUCACAUUGCCCCAGAAACUGCAAGAAGCUGGCUAUGCCACUCAUAUGGUGGGCAAGUGGCAUCUUGGCUUUUACAAGAAAGAGUGUCUUCCUACACGCCGUGGUUUUGACACCUUUCUUGGAUCUCUGACAGGAAAUGUGGAUUAUUACACCUAUGACAAUUGUGAUGGGCCAGGAGUAUGUGGUUUUGAUCUUCAUGAAGGGGAAAAUGUGGCUUGGGAUCAGGCUGGAAAAUACUCCACAAUUAUGUAUUCUCAACGUGUAAGUCAUAUCUUGGCUUCACAUAAUCCCCAACAACCAAUUUUUAUUUAUGUAGCUUUUCAGGCAGUACACACUCCAUUACAAUCUCCUCGAGAGUAUAUUUACCCCUACAGAGGUAUGGGCAAUGUAGUGAGGCGUAAGUAUGCCGCCAUGGUUACAUGCAUGGAUGCUGCUGUGAAAAACAUAACUCGAGCAUUAAAGAAAUAUGGAUAUUAUGACAAUAGCAUAAUUGUUUUCUCAUCAGACAACGGGGGACAAACUUUCUCUGGGGGAAGCAACUGGCCAUUAAGAGGUCGAAAGGGAACAUAUUGGGAAGGAGGUGUAAGAGGACUUGGCUUUGUCCAUAGCCCCUUGAUAAAAAAGAAACGGAGGAUUAGCCGGUCCCUAAUGCAUAUUACAGAUUGGUACCCUACACUUGUGAAAUUGGCGGGGGGAAACAUUACUGACUCAGAGGGACUUGAUGGUUAUGAUGUUUGGGGUUCUAUCAGUGAAGGAAAGGAAUCUCCAAGGACUGAAAUCCUUCAUAACAUUGACCCUUUAUAUAAUCUUGCCAGGUCAGGGUCCAUUCAGGAGGGACAGGGUGUGUGGAACACAGCUAUUCAGGCCUCAAUCAGAGUAAAAGACUUUAAAUUGUUGACAGGAGAUCCAGGUUACAGUGACUGGAUUCCACCACAGACUGUGACCAAUUUCCCUGGUAGCUGGUGGAAUCUGGAGCGCCACACAGAUGGGGCUCGAAAGUCCCUCUGGCUUUUUAAUAUAACAGCUGACCCCUAUGAGAGACAUGACUUGUCAAAUCAGAAGCCUGAAAUUGUAAAAGAGCUUCUAAAGCGAUUAUCUUACUAUAACAGUACUGCUAUCCCUGUGCGCUACCCUUCUGAGGACCCAAGAGGAAACCCUGAGCUGAAUGGAGGAGCAUGGGGUCCUUGGGCUAGUGAAGAAGAUGAUGAAGAAGAAGAAAACUGGAUUGGAUUGGGGGGAGGAUACACAAAGAGUUCAAAUAAGAAGAAAAAAUGCAAGAUCUGUAAGUUAAGGUCUUUCUUCAGAAAGCUGAACACUCGUCUUAUGUCGAAUCGCAUUUAAAGAGACGAGUCUUAGAAAAAACUUCAGGAUAAUGGUUUUAUGACUUUUUGCAUCUCAUUGAGUGCAAUGUUUAUUGUUCAUUUUAAGACUUAAAAAUUAAAAAAAAAAGCACAUCAUCAAUGCAAAAUAUCAUCAUAGGAGAAUGAAAUAGGAAAGGUUCAUGGAAUAUCUUCUAUACUAACUCUACCAAGAUUUGUGCAAUAUAAGAGUUGGAUAUUUAGAAUUUUAUUAUGACAUACAUUGUAUCUUGGACUAGAAGAACCAAAAAUGCAAAUGCUCCAAUUAAUUCAAACUUACACUUCUAAGACAUAUUCUACACAUGGAAAUUGGAUUGUCUCAUGACAAAUCUUGAAAGGGUUGAGAUUUAGCCAAAAAACGGACAUCUCAGUUUAUGCACCACACCUCAAAAAAUUAUAUAAAUAACAAUACACACAAUGGUGCACUAUUAUACAACUUAAAUCAUAGCUAGCACAAUUCACCAAAUAGCUUCCCACACACUUGCAUUACUCAGCCAAUUACACAAUCUCUACUUUCAGUAAGACACAAAAAUGUGCAAUGACACAUACUCUCACAUUCCAGUAGUAUUUGCAACUAUUCUCCAGCAUUUCUUGUAUACUAUUUGUUUUGUAGACUGGUUCUUUAAUGCUUUCUGUAUUUUGCAGAACUUUGAUGAAAUUAAAAUUUACAGUUAAACAUUU